AACUUGUUUAUUUUAAAAUGCAGUUUUGUGAAAUGAAAAACUUUAUUAACAUUAAAGUAUUAUUAAAAUUAAAUGUAUUCAAGUUGAAUACAAUUAAUUCAAGUCGACACUCGAUUUGAGAAACAAAACGGGAAAUACAGUGAUAUUUAGCUAUUAUAAAAUGUGUAUCAUAUCCAUGGACGAAUAAUUAUAGUAUUUUUGCACUACGCAAUGUUCACAUCGUAGCACCUUCAGCAGUAAAUAGGGGAAGCGAUGUAACUUUAACUUGUUUUUAUGAUAUGGACGGUGAAGAAUUGUACAGUGUUAAAUGGUACUUAAACAAAAUAGAAUUUUUUCGUUAUAUGCCUAGAAAUUGGCCAUAUACACACCACUUCCCUGCGUAUAAUGAUCAACGUGUGGAACAAGUGGUUACUAAUUCAAAUUUUACUUCUGUGGUUAUAAUAUACGUCUCCAGGAAGGCUAGUGGACUUUAUACCUGUGAGGUUUCAGGCGACGCACCAUCUUUUGCAACUUCUGCAUCUCAGUCUCAACUUCAGGUAGUUGUAACGCCUGAAGAAGAUCCAUAUAUAGAGACCGAUAAACUAACAUAUAAUUCUGGAGAAACUGUCACCGCCAGGUGUAUUUCAUAUCAUUCGAAUCCUGCUGUUAAUAUAACAUGGAAUACUGAAUUAAUUACUGAGGCUGAAAAUGUCGAGUACAAUGUCACCAGAGAUUUCUAUUAUACGACGCAGUCAGAGGUGAAAAUAAAGAUCCCUGAAUCAUUUACGAAACAUACUUUGAAAAUAAGUUGCUUAUCCAAAAUGUACGACGCAUAUAACGGAACUGGUGAGAAGAUUGUUAAAGUUGAGACCCAAGCGUCUUCAGAACUGAAACCGAAAGAAAGUGGCACUGUACUACAUAAUAAAGCGAAGUUACACAAACAUUGGAAAAACUGUAUAAUGAAAAGUUACAAAUCUUACUUUCGCUGUUUAUUUGAGAUAUUUUACUCAUUUUAAUUACAAAAUUUUGGUUCAUUUAUUUUUCAGAGUUCGUUCAAGACAAAUAUUUUGAGUUAUAACGUACAUUGGUAUAUAUCUAUCAUUUCCUAAAAUAUACAUAUACCAUAUACCUACCACAUGAAGCACAGAGAAUGUUCGUUAUAGUUUUUGUACUCAUUAAUGACUUGUAACUACUGUUAUUAUUAAUAAAGGAGCUACCCGUUGCCUAGGGUU